AUGGUCCCUCAGUAUGAGCCACUCGCCACCUUGUCGGGUGCGCGCGACGCUGUCGUCUCUCUCGCCUUUUCGGCAAAGGCCAAGUUCCUCUCUGCUGCCGGGUACAGCGGCGUAUUCGUUUGGGAUCUCUCGACUUCUGCUGCCAUUACUUUGCCGCAUAUGCUAUUUGCUCCUCAAAACCCGAAAUAUGUGAUCACCUCUUCUUUCUGGGUCUAUUUUCAAAAAAACAAAUGCCACGUCCUACUGUUAGCCUCUAUGCGGGGAGAUUUGAUACUUUGGGACUACAAGGACGACAUCAAGUCCUUUCAGGUACUUUAUCGGGUGCCUCCAAUGGAAAAUAAGGAAGAGGAGGUUCUCUCCAUGGAUGUUUAUGAACAAGAUAUUGCCUCGGGCAGGAUUGGAAGAGUCGUCGCUGCCACAGCUAACCGACACAUUAGCGUCUGGUCUUUGUCUUCAUCCGGGGAGUUUUCCAAAAUCUUCUCCACUACGCUCGAUGAAAACAUCAAUCCGAAAACGGUUCGAAUGUGUAAGAUUACUAGAGACAUUUUCGUGUUUCCAUUCUACGGAGGUGAAAUACUUUGCCUAGACUAUAAAACUGGAGCGAUAAAGUCCCGUAAAUCUCAUGGCCCCGGAAUAAUGGGAUCUGUCGCUUUGAGCAAUACGAGCAAUAAAUUCGUUGCUUAUACUGGGAAGAACUUCCAUCUUUAUCGUCUUGCCAGCCUAGAGCUCUUGAAGACCUACAGCGCCGAGACACCAGUUGUUAUGUUUUCCAAAACAGUCGCAUUUGGAGAAUCCGAAAACAUUAUUGUCGGUGGAACUGAUCGUGGCCAUGCUCUGAUAUAUGAAGUCAAUACGGAAGAGCUACUACAAACCUUGACCUACCCUCGCGGAGGCCUGGUACAACCAGUUACAACCAUCACACUUCCUGACCGUCACCUUAUCGCAAUUGCGGGAUCAACUGCUCAGCAAUCUGCAGAUGUAAUCCUUUUCGAGAAACGUAUUCCGCUUGAAGAUGUCUCUUCUCCCCAGCUGCCAUCGAGUGCUUCCUGUACUGACGUUACACCAAAUCAUUCUUCGACCGAUUCAGUUCUUAUUGGUUUUCACCUGUCAAAGCAGAUCUGGGAUUGGGCACGUAUUCUCGGGCUCAUGGCAUUGCUCACAUUCGCUGGGUACUAUACUGUCUAUCAGGUCUGGGUUUUCUAG